AUGUUCUUCUCUCUAUUUACCUUCCUGGCUCUGGCACUCCCUCUACCCGCCAUGUCAUCUAGCAACAGUACAUGCACACCGGAGAAAAUCCAGACACGUAUCGAAUGGGCGAAUAUGGCAAGCGAUGGCCAGAAAUCCUAUCUGAAGGCAGUGAAGUGUCUUAUGCAGCUGCCUGCUCAGACAGGAAUAAAGGGUACAGUCACAAGGUUUGACGAUAUGAAUGCCAUGCAUCAGGUGCAGGCGAAAGCGAUUCAUCUUGUUCUCUUGAGAGAUGAGUGCGGCUACAAGGGACCAACCCCUUGGUGGGACGAAACUCGUGACGCAGGCAAUUUCAUGGACUCGCCGCUCCUUGAUCCCGACACAGGAUUCGGCGGCAACGGGACCGGUCUGGAAAACUGUGUUACUGACGGUCCUUUUGCAAAUACCACUCUGCACAUUGGUCGGAGGAGUCAUGGAGGAUAUCGAUGCGAGCCCUGGUGUUUCAUCGAUCGUCUUUGGUGGAAGUGGCAAUCCGAAGACCUCGACAGUCGCUUGUAUCAACUGGGAGGCCCUUCCGCGCAGGGAGGAACUGAAGAGUUGACUCUAGACUACGUCAUGACCACCUACGGCAUUCGCCCCAAUGUUACUAUUAAGGAGGUCAUGAAUGUUGAAGGCGGAUUUCUCUGCUAUAAAUAUGAUUACUAA